CCUCCAAAAGGUCUUUGCUUCUUGUUGAUUACAUUCUCAAGAUGAAACCCCUGGUGGCUACAGUUUUCCUGGUAGCCCUGAUGCAACUUUCUCAGUCCUUCCCCGCCUGGUACCACAGAGGAUGGCUGAGAUUGCUAAGGGAAGGGGACAGCUGUGGAAUAUGCAACCUGGAACUCUGCCCCGUGCCUACAGCCUGCCAAGCAGGGACCGUGUCGGACUCAUGCGGCUGCUGCCCCGAAUGCGGGAAUGUGGAGGGGCAGAUCUGUGACUUGGACGAAGGCAGCCAUUUUUAUGGGCAAUGCGGGGACAACCUGGAGUGCCGACUGGAUGUCCGUGACAUCAAGUCUGGAGAAAUCCCUGAGCCACAAUGUGUCUGCAAGCUGCAGGAGACUGUAUGUGGACCUGAAGGGAAGACCUAUGAGAACAUUUGCCAGUUCCAUGCGGCUUAUGCAGGAAAGGGGAUAAAUGCUAGCAUAAAGCACAAAGGACCAUGCAAAUCAGCUCCUGUUAUUUCUUUGCCACCGCGAGACACCCAGAAUUUCACAGGGAAUGACGUCAUCUUCGGUUGUGAGGUAUCUGCAUAUCCCAUGCCGCACCUUGAGUGGAAGAAGAAAGGAAAUAAGAUGUUUCUGCCAGGAGAUGAUGCUCAUAUUUCAAUACAGGCAAGAGGUGGACCUCGGAAGUACAGUGUGUCUGGAUGGUUACAAAUUCAAGGGAUCAAGAAAUCAGAUGAAGGUCUCUACAUAUGCCAAACAAAAAACAAAUAUGGGCUUGCCUAUUCAUCUGCAAGGCUCAAAGUUAUUGAUGGCUCAUCAUUAAGUUUUCAGAACAUUCCUGGCAGCUGGAGCACAAGCGAUGGCACAGAUUAUGGAGAUGAUUUUGAUUCUGCUGAAGACGAGGAAGAGGCAGAAUAUGAAUCUGGAGACUAUGAAAAAUGAAGCAAGUUUGGAUUGUGUUAUGUGCUGAUGCUUUCAAGUUCAUCUGUUUUGCUUAUAUGAUUUGUGCUGUCCUGAAUCCUCAUACCACAACAAAAAUGUGUAUCAAAUUCUAGAAAUUAUCACAGUGCCUACAAGUAUACAUGCCAUUUCAAUCACACUUUUCUAAUUUUAAGCCUCUGCUAUAUUUAUUAUAUUCAGAAUACUGCACACUGAGAAAAAACCAUUGUGGCAAAAUAUAUAAACGUUGCACUUAUCAAGAUCCCUCUGCAAUUCCUUGUCUGAGAUAUAGCUCUCUGUCAUACAGCUGUAGUCACAGGAGGACUUCACAGCCACAGUACGUUUUUGAAAACCAAUGCUGUCCAGAGUGCAACAAGAGUGGGACAAAAAUAACCUGGAACAUUUGUGGGUUAAAAAGUUACUGGAUUUCAGCAGGAAGUUACAAGAUGUGCACUGAUUGGAAGUGCAGUAGUGUGAACAUCCCAAAAUGUUUUCACUGCCUUGAUCAGUGGUAAAGGUAAAGGGACCCCUGACCAUUAAGUCCACUCGCGGACGACUCUGGGGUUGCAGCGCUCAUCUCGCUUUACUGGCCGAGGGAGCCAGCGUUUGUCCCCAGACAGUUUUUCCGGGUCAUGUGGCCAGCAUGACUAAGCUGCUUCUGGCGAAACCAGAGCAGCGCACGGAAAUGCCAUUUACCGGUACCUUCCCGCUGGAGCAGUACCUAUUUAUCUACUUGCACUUUGACAUGCUUUCGAACUGCUAGGUUGGCAGGAGCUGGGACCGGGCAACGGGAGCUCACCCCGUUGCAGGGAUUCAAACCGCAGACCUUCUGAUCGGCAAGCCCUAGGGUCUGUGGUUUAACGCACAGCACCACCUGCUUCCUGAUUGGUGGUAGUUGCAUAUUAUUUAGUCCCCAUGCAAAAGGGAAGAAAACCCUUUCCAAACCCAGUGGUACCAGCUGAUUCAGA